AAUUGGUCCAUGUCAGUGCCACUACAGCUCCAUACUCCAUCCCCUACAGACACAUCAUGCUGCAGUCCAAGAAAGACAUGGCCAGGAACUCCUCAAGAUCUCUCAAAAAUUGUAAUUGACCACUUUUUCAAUAUCCUUCUGCUGCGCGCAGCAUGCAUGCCCUCAAGCUCCCAGGGCAAGUUGACGAAACAACAUGUUGCUGUGGUAUGAGGGAUACAGAGAUCUGAUGUGGUCUCCUGACCUG